AUGCAUAUCGAAAAAAAUAUAUUUGAUAGUGUCAUAGGUACGUUAUUGAAUGUUCCUGGAAAGUCUAAGGAUGGCAUUAAAGCAAGGUUGGACUUAGUUCAAAUGGGAAUUCGAACAGAAUUGGCUCCAAUAAAGAAAGGUAAACGUCAAUAUCUACCUCCAGCAGCUCAUACUCUAUCUAGAAAGGAAAAAAUUGUGUUUUGUAAGUUUCUACAAGGAGUUAAAGUUCCACAAGGGUAUUCAUCAAACAUUAGGAACUUAGUAUCUAUGAAAGAUCUAAAGCUAAUAGGGUUAAAGUCUCAUGACUUUCAUGUUAUGAUGGAACAUUUGUUACCGAUAGCCAUACGUUCCAUUUUGCCUAAAAAGGUAAGGUGGACCAUAGCUAAAUUAUGCUAUUUCUUUAGAGCGAUAUGUAGCAAAGUGAUUGACACUGGAAAAUUGCAAGCACUAGAAAGAGAAAUUAUUGUAACUUUAUGUGAGCUUGAAAUGUAUUUUCCACCUUCUUUCUUUGACAUAAUGGUUCAUNUUACCAUUCACUUAGUNAAGGAGACACAAUAUUGUGGACCAACUUAUAUGAGAUGGAUGUAUCCAAUGGAGCGGUAUAUGAAGAUAUUAAAGGGUUAUGUGAAAAAUAGAAGUCGACCAGAAGGAUGUAUACUGGAACGAUAUAUACUUGAAGAAGCUAUUGAAUUUUGUACUAAUUACCUCUCUGAUGUUGAAUCAAUAGGACUUCCAAAUUCUCGACACUUAGCGAGAACCACAGGAGAAGGAAUUUCUGGAAAUACCAUAGUGACCAUAAGCAGGAAAGAUUGGGAACAAGCUCAAUUGUAUGUCCUACACAAUGACGAUGAAGUUGAGCCAUAUGUUGAGAGACACAAAGACAUGAUUACAAAAUUAAAUCCAACUAUGACUGACCAGUGGAUAUGUAGAGAACACAAUGCAACUUUUAUACACUGGCUAAAAAGUCACAUUUUUGCCGAGUUAAAUGUGAAAUCCUCUUUAGUUUCUGAGAGAUUGAGAUGGUUAGCCAAUGGUCCAAAUAUUCAAGUCUUCUCUUACACUGGUUAUAUGAUUAAUGGGUUCACAUUUUACACUAAAGACCGAGAUGAUCAAAGUACUAUGCAAAAUAGUGGUGUAACUUUGGUGGCUGAAUCUAUGCACAUCUCAAGUGCUAAAGAUAGAAGUCCUAUAUAUGCAAAUAUGUCGUAUUUUGGGGUCAUUGAACAUAUAUGGGAGUUGGAUUACACCACAUUUCGGGUACCAGUAUUUGGUUGCAAGUGGGUUGAUAACAAUAAUGGAGUUCGACAAGACGAGGUAGGAUUUAUGCAAGUGAAUUUUAAUAAAGCGGGGUACAAAGAUGAGCCAUUUAUUUUAGCAUCACAAGCUCAACAAAUUUUUUAUGUUACUGAUCCGGUUGAUGUUAAUUUGUCAAUUAUGUUGUUGACCAAUAAAAUAAAUGAUCCUUCCAAUGAUGAAAUAGAGGAUGAAGAUACAAACAUUGAAGAUGAUCCUUUGUAUCAAAUAUCAUACGAUGAUGAUCCAAUAAAUGAUGAUAUCUUGUAUAGGAGAGAUGAUCAUGACGAAGGAAUAUGGAUAAAUCCAUCAUUUUGUGUCCAUAAGAAACCUUAA